AUGUGCGACUUCGGUCUGUGCAGAAACAUCGCCGAGACAGCUGGGCCUCAACCACACUUGACGGAUUAUGUCGCGACUCGUUGGUAUCGGGCCCCUGAGAUUUUGCUAGGGUCGCCUCGCUACACGAAAGGAGUCGACAUGUGGGCGGUUGGGUGCAUUCUGGGAGAAAUGUUGAGUGGCAGGCCAACUUUUCCUGGGACUUCCACGAUGAAUCAGCUGGAAAAAAUAAUGGAAUCUACCGGACGGCCUUCACCGGAGGAUGUCCAGUCCAUCAAAUCUCCGUUCGCCGGGACCAUGCUCGAAUCCAUCCCACCAACCCGACAAAUAUCCUUGAACGAGGUUUUUUCUAGCGCGUCGGCGCAGGCUCUGGACUUGAUGUCCCAGUGCCUGCAAUUCAACCCCGACAAGGGCGUCCGUGCUGCUGACGCGCUCAAGCACCCGUACGUUGCCGAGUUUCACAACCCAGACGACGAGCCCGACUACCCACACGGGGCAAUUCAGAUUACUAUCGACAAGGGUGUUGUCGACGACAACACCAAGUUGUCUGCUGCUGACUAUCGAGAAAUGCUUUACAAAGACAUCAACAACAGGCGAAAGGAGGCUCGUCGCGCGGAACAAGCUCGACAAUCAUCCGGGCGUGCCACGGCCCCUGUUAACGAGAAGACAGCGUGA